AUGGUUCCUGAGGCUGAGGUCAAGGUUCCUGACGCUGAGGACAAGGUUCCUGACGGUGAGGACAAGGUUCCUGACGCUGAGGACAAGGUUCCUAACGCUGAGGACAAGGUUCCUAACGCUGAGAACAAGGUUCCUGACGCUGAGGACAAGGUUCCUGAGGCUGAGGACAAGGUUCCUGCUGCUGAAGACAAGGUUCCUGACGGUGAGGACAAGGUCUUGACGCCGAGGACAAGGUUCCUGAUGCUGAGGACAAGGUUGCCGACGCUGAGGAGAAGGUUCCUAACGCUGAGGACAAGGUUCCUGACGCUGAGGACAAGGUUCCUGACGGGGAGGACAAAGUUCCUGGCGGUGGGGACAAGGAUCCUAACGCUGAGGACGAGGUUCCUGACGCUGAGGAAAAGGUUCCUGACGGUGAAGACAAGGUUCCUGAUGGUAUGGACAAGGUUCCUGACGAUGAGGACAAGGUUCUUGACGGUGAGGUCAAGGUUCCUGACACUGACGACAAGGUCCCUGACGCUGAGGACAAGGUUCCUGACG